AUGAACGAGGAAUUGGAAGCAAUGGAGGUAAAUCGUACUUGGACUAUUGAAUCGUUGCCUCCUGGAAAGAAUGUGGUUGGAUGUAAGUGGGUUUACACCAUCAAAUAUAAAGCCGAUGGUUCUAUUGAGCGGUAUAAAGCACAGCUGGUUGCAAAAGGCUUCACGCAACAAGAGGGAGUUGAUUUCACGGAUACGUUCUCUCCCGUUGCAAAAUUGGCGAGUGUAAAAUUGCUUCUUGGUCUUUCUGCUAUCAAGGGAUGGAGUCUCUCGCAGAUGGACGUCUCAAAUGCUUUUUUACACAGUGAUCUUGAUGAAGAAAUCUACAUGAGUUUACCACAGGGUUAUACUCCAGCUUCAGGCACUUUACCUCCGAAUCCGGUUUGUAGACUACGCAAAUCCAUCUACGGAUUGAAGCAGGCUUCCCGUCAGUGGUAUCACUGUCUUUCAGCGGUUCUUUUCAAGGCUGGCUAUCAACAAUCUCAGGCGGAUAACACUCUCUUCGUACAAGAAUCUGGUGCUAAGUUCACAGCCGUCCUUGUUUACGUUGAUGACAUUAUGAUUGCCAGUAACAGUGACUCUGAAAUGGCUGCUCUCAAGGGUUUUCUCCAUUCUGAAUUCAAGAUCAAGGAUCUCGGUCCUCUCCGUUUCUUCUUGGGUUUGGAAGUUGCUCGCACGUCAGCUAGGAUCUCUGUGUGCCAACGGAAGUAUGCUCUUAGUCUUCUUGCUGACACUGGGCUGCUUGCCUGCAAGCCUAGCUCUGUUCCAAUGGAUCCGGUUGUCAAACUCAGCAAGGACACUGGCGUUGCUCUUGAAGAUCCAACUUCUUAUCGUGCUCUCGUUGGUCGUCUUCUUUACCUCACCAUUACUCGGCCGGAUAUCACUUUUGCAGUUCAUUGCUUGAGCCAAUUUAUGCAUAGUCCGACGGUUAUUCAUCUGCAGGCGGCUUACAAGAUACUGAAAUACAUCAAGAACAACCCUGGCCAAGGUCUGUUCUAUUCUGCGUCUUCUGAGCUCUGCCUAAAUGCUUUCACUGACUCCGACUAUGCCACUUGCCCUGACACGCGACGUUCCAUUACGGGUUACUGCGUCUAUCUCGGUCAGUCUCUGAUCACUUGGAAGUCGAAGAAGCAGGACGUCGUGAGUCGCAGUAGCACUGAGGCUGAAUAUCGUAGUAUGGCACACACGACUUGUGAGCUGCUCUGGUUGCAACAGGUACUCACGGACUUGAAGAUUGAGGUUGUGACCACUGCUAAGCUUUUCUGCGAUAACAAGUCGGUAAUGCAUAUUGCUACAAAUCCCGUAUUUCAUGAACGGACGAAGCAUAUUGAGGUCGACUGUCAUACGAUUCGCGAACAGGUUAAGAAAGGCUUUAUCUUGUUGAUGCAUGUUAACACCUCAGAUCAACAUGCUGAUAUUUUGACAAAGCCUCUUCACCCGGGUCCCUUUUACUCUCUUCUCAACCGCAUGUCCAUAUCAAGUCUCUUCUCUUCACGGGAAUGUUCCGAUUCAGUGACUUGA